GUCAACUCUGAAAUCCUAUAUCUUUCAUUUUGGUUCGUAUUGCAGAUGGAAGAUUUUUGCCAAAGAAUUUUUUCAUAUAAAUAACUUUAUUGCCAAAAAGGACAAAAUAAUUUCAUACACUUUGUGAAGAACGUUUAAUAGUUACUUGUAAAUAUUUUAAUACCCCCUAAUCAAAAUCACAAGGAAAUACAAGGGAGAAAAAAGAAGGUGUACACCGGUUACGGUGUGCUCGCUUUAAGGAAGGGACGCGUGUGUGUAUGUGUAAUAAAAAUCUAGAAAAAAGUGGACAAUUUUUUUUUUUUUCAUCAUAAGAAAUAAUCGUUGGGAAAUUCAGUACAGAUUAUCGAAAAGGCCACAGUAGUGUAUUGGACGGUGUUUAUUAAGUCUUGGUUAAAAUAGGGAAUUUAAACAAAUAUGGCCGACGGCGUGGUGUUGGAUCUUUAUGCAGAAGACUUGGAUACACAAAAUCAAGAUGAGUUUGCAGCUGACGGAGUUGAUUUAUACGAUGACAUAGGUGGAGCGCCUGAAACAUCAAGUGGUGGUGCUGGUAUAGCGCCAUCUGCUGGCGGCGGAGAAAGUCCAAGUGCUGGAAGCAACGGCCCCGAAGGUGGUGCUGGAAAUGCAGGGUCAAACGGAGUCUACCAUCAAGGUGCUGGUAGCUUGGCUCCAAAUCAGGCCGGUCGCCGUUUUCAGCUUUACGUGGGCAACCUAACAUGGUGGACAACGGAUCAAGAUAUUGCCAAUGUUAUGCGUGACAUCGGUGUUCCAGAUUUUCAAGAGGUGAAAUUUUUCGAGAAUCGUGCCAAUGGCCAAUCGAAAGGUUUUAGUGUAGUUUCUUUGGGUUCGGAGACAAGUUUACGUGUGGUCUUAGAUCGUUUGCCCAAAAAGGAGUUACAUGGCCAGGCGCCAGUUGUUACAUAUCCCACAAAGCAAGCUUUAAAUCAAUUCGAGAGUCUACAAAAAACACGCCCUGUACCACCACCGCAGCAAAAUGGACCGCCACGUGGACCGGCGCCACCAAAUAUGAUGCCGGGCGGACCAAUGCCACCACAUCCAGGUGGACCGCAAGGUGUACCACCGGGCCAUCAGCCACGCCUCCCUAUGAACCCAAACAUGCCACCUGGACAAUUUCGGCCACAACAUAUGCCGCCACAAGGACCGCCGGUGGGUCAAGGACCUCCACGCAUGCAGCCUCCAAUGCAUCAGGGUCCACCAAUGGUGCCGCAGCAAAACAUGCAGGGCCCACCUCGAUUUGGUCAGCAGCAAUCACAAUGGCCGGGACAGCCACGCCCCAAUGGGCCAAGGCCAGGACCACUCAAUGGACCGCCGCAACGUCCUCCGCAAAUGUUUCAGGGUCCUCCUGGCGGCAUGCCAAUGCGUGGCCCAAGACCAGAUUGGAGGCCUCCAAUGCAUGGCGGUUUUCCUCAGGGUCCGCCUGGUGGCCCGCCCCAAGGUCCGCCGCACAUGCAGGGCCCACCUAGAGGUCCCCCAGGUGGUCCACCACAAAUGGGAGGUCCUGGAGGUCCGCCUCCGGGCGGACCACAUGGUGGUCCCGGCGGUCCAGCUCCUCAUGUCAAUCCAGCAUUCUUUAACCAGCCUGGCGGCGGUCCUCCUCAACAUCCUGGUGGUCCACCCAUGGCUGGUGGACCUCCGCAUGGACCUCCCGGCCCCCAACAGGGUAUGAAUAUGCCUCCUCAACACGGCCCACCUCCGCAUUUCGCUCAGCAGGGCGCUCCCCGAGGUCCUUGGCCAGGACCUCCAGGACCGGUUAAACCACAAUCAUUCCCCGAUCCACAACCCAUGGGGCCACAACUCAACGAAGCGGAAUUCGAGGAAAUUAUGGGCCGAAAUCGCACCGUCAGUAGUUCAGCAAUAGCCAGAGCCGUUUCAGAUGCCGCAGCCGGUGAAUAUUCCAGCGCAAUUGAAACUUUAGUCACAGCAAUCUCACUGAUCAAACAAUCGAAAGUUGCUCACGAUGAACGCUGCAAGAUUUUAAUAAGCUCCCUGCAGGACACUUUGCAUGGCAUCGAAACAAAAAGCUACAACAGACGUGAGCGUUCUAGAUCUCGUGAAAGAUCACAUCGUCAACGGCCGCGUCGUGAGAGAUCCUCAUCAAGAUAUCGUGAAAGAUCACGCGAAAGAGAACGUGAUCGUGAAAGGGAACGAGAUCGUGAUGCUGGAGGAUAUCGCGACCGUUCCAGAAGUCGAGAACGCGAACGUCCCAGUACAAAUGAUCAUUACAGGGAUGAUAGUUCCAGCCGAUCAGCAAGAGCACGCAAAACUCCUGAACCAGCUGGAGGAGAUGCCGGCGCCGAAGCACCUUCAAAACGUAGCUAUUACGAGGAACGUUAUCGAUCAUCCGACCGCGAUAGAGAGCGGGAACGUGAUCGCGAUCGCGAGCGUGAUCGUGACCGCGAUCGCGAACGUGAGCGCGAUAGAGAGCAUCGCUCCAGGCAUUAGAUAUAUUAAUAAAAUAUACAUUAAAGAUUAUAAUUUAGCUUGCAGCAAGAGAUCUUUGAUCGGUUUAUCAUCUACAAUACAUCGUGACAUACAUACUAAACCCUAUGAACUAAACUAAACCAAGCAAAAGAAACAAACAAACCUAUAUUUCCAAACGUUUGUAACAACAAAAACCAGACAAGAGACUAAGAAACUACUAUAAAACCGUUUUAAGGACAUGAAAUAUGGUCACUGCAAAUUCCGGAGUACACACUAAUAAAGAGGGAGGUCAAUGCAGGAAAAGUGUCUUGCCCAUAUUAUCGUUCGAUAUGAUAUUGUUUUUUUUUUUAUAUCAAACAUGCCACCCAGUUCAGCCAACAACAAAUGCAAGGUGAUGUACCCAAUAUCUGAACGAAUGAACUCCUUUUACAAUCCACAUUUGGAUAAUUGAAUGAAUUCAACAACCGGUCGAAAGCCCUUUAUAACUUCUCUCUUAUUUAUAUUUACGUUACAAUUAAUUACACACAAACACACUUUAAUUACAAAUACACAAAUUGUUUGUAAAUUGAUAUUUCAGAUUAUUAAUUAAUAAAAUCAUAUAAAAUAAUUAAAAGGAAAUAAUAACAAGAACUUGUCAAAUCUCUCAAAAUCAAUUGUUA